AUGAAAAUAUUUGUAGUCAUAGUGCAAAUAGUCCUUACCCUACAAUUGCAGCACAAGGUAUUUGGAUUUCUAGUAUCACGUAAAACAACGGCAGAUCGCAUACGAAACUUUGGCUAUUCCAGUGAGUCCCACAAUGUGGUUACAAAAGAUGGUUACAUUUUGUCUAUGUUUCGUGUCAAAAAUAACACCCUGACAGCUCAAGGACCAAAACCGGUGGUCCUUAUGAUUCAUGGCUUAACAAGUUCCUCCGAUAUAUUCAUAAUUCGAGGUGCUAAGGAUGCCUUGGCCUUUAAUCUAGUCGAUGCUGGCUAUGAUGUAUGGCUGGCCAAUUGUCGUGGUAACACAUACAGCAAUCGACAUUUAACCCUUUCGACCCAUGAUCGAAGGUAUUGGCAAUAUUCAUGGGAUGUGAUGGCAGUAAAUGAUUUGCCCAUGUUCAUAGAUUAUGUGCUAAAAGUGACUCAGCAAGCGUCCCUGCAUUAUGUGGGCCACUCUCAGGGAACGGCCAUAAUGUUUGCCCUGCUCUCCCAACAGCCGAGGUAUAAUAAAAAACUUAAGACCACUCAUAUGUUUGCACCCAUUGCCUAUAUGAAAUAUGCCCAGUCGAUGGCCAUUCGUUUGUCCGCUCCUCUGCUGGGCACCUACGGCCCAUUGGACCCCUUGUAUGGGGAUAGAGCAUUUCUGCAAAAUCCUUUAUUCUUGCAAUUAUCAGGCAUAGCCAAAUGUCGUAGUCCUUUGACCUUUCCAGGAAUAUGUGCAUUUUGGGUAGGAGUUGCUGGAGGUUUUACCAACCAUACAUCAGAGUCCCUUUAUCCUGAGAUUUUUAAUACUCAUCCAUCGCCCAGCUCCGCUCAUCAGUUCAUACAUUUGGUCCAGCUCUAUGUCUCGGGACACUUUCGUCCCUAUGAUUAUGGACUCCAAGGCAAUAUGAAACGUUAUAAUCGCACCACUCCCCCAGAUUAUAGAGUGGAAAAAAUAAAUCCCAAAUUUCCCAUAAAUCUCUACUACAGCGACUAUGAUGUUUUGUCAUCGAAACGAGAUUCAGAGCACUUCAGCGCUAUUUUGGGCAAACGUAGCGUUCGACAUUUCAUUGAUGUGCCCAAUUUUAACCAUUUCGAUUUUUUGUGGUCCAUAAAGGUUAAGGAGACCAUAAAUCGUGGUGUUCUUCAAAGAAUGAAUGAGGCGGAGGCUUUGUUAGCAAAGACCUAA